UAAAAGCGAGACCAGUGCAUUUGCCGUGCGGCGACAGAAUGUUGAAGGCCCGUCUGCAGGAGGACGCCCUGCUGGGACGCUGUUUGGCCACCUCGUGCUCCGUGGAGCGGGGUGAGCUGGUGCUGGAGGAGCUGCCCUUCGCACGCGGACCGAAGCGCGACAGCGGCAUCGUCUGCCUCGGAUGCUACCAGUUCCUGCAGUUCGGAGAGGACGGCGAUUCGCUGGACCGCUGCGAACUCUGCGAUUGGCCGCUGUGCGGAUCGUGUGCCGACGACGAAGACGUCACGGAGCAUCGCGGAGAGUGCCAGGUCUUCUCCGCCGCACGUGUCACUUUCGCCGGGAAUGUGAGCGAUGAUGGCGUCUGCCCGCAGUUGGAUUGCAUAACCAUAUUGAGGGUUCUGCUGGCGAAGGAGGCGAAUCCCGAGCGAUGGGAUAACGAGGUGGCACCCAUGGAGCACCACGAGGAGGAGCGCAAGAAGGACGCCGAUGUGUGGCACGCGGAUCGCGUAAACAUCGCCCAGUACUUGCGCGGUCCCUGCAAACUGGCCUCCCGAUUCAGCGAGGAGCUGAUCAUGCAGGUGGUCGGUGUGCUGGAGGUGAACGCCUUUGAGGCGCGGAGCCCCAAGGGCUAUCCACUGCGGUGUCUCUUUCCCUACACCGGCAUUCUGGCCCACAACUGUGUGCCCAACACAUCCAGGAGCAUCUAUCCCAGCGAGGGAUACAAAAUCAGACUGCGUGCCAUGGUGGACUUGGAGGAGGGCCAGCCCCUGCACCACAGCUACACCUACACAUUGGAUGGCACUGCCCAGAGACAGAAGCACCUGAAGCAGGGCAAGUUUUUCACCUGCCAAUGCGAUCGCUGUCUGGAUCCCACGGAGUUGGGCACGCACUUCUCCAGCCUGAAAUGUGGCCAGUGCGCCGAGGGAUUCCAAGUGCCCAGGCAGCCGACAGAACCGGACACCAGUUGGAAUUGCGCGAGCUGUGGCUCCGACACCAGCAACGUGGAGGCACUGACGCUGCUCCAAUCCCUCCAAUCCGAAGUAAAUGCUGUGCAAGCACUGCCCAUGGCAGCCAAGCGGCUGGAGGAGGUCGAACGACUGUUGCGCAAGUACAAAUCGCUGCUGCAUCCGCAGCACUUUAUCGCCACUGGGCUGAGGCAGCUGCUCAUCGAGAUGUACGGGCGCGUUAAGGGCUACGAGAUGGUACAGCUGCCGGACCACCAGUUGGAGCGCAAAGCAGAGCUCUGCCGCCAAGUGCUGAAAGUGCUGAACAGCUUCGAACCGGGUCUGAGCCGCACACGCGCCAUGAAUCUCUACGAGCUGCACGUGCCACUGGUGCUCCUGGCCAAGAGUGGCUUCAUUGCCGGCAAGCUGAAGGGCGGCGAGCUGCGAGCCCGCCUCGUGGACGCCAUAGAUCUGCUGAAGGAGUGUGUGGAGAUCCUGGAGUUCGAGGACAAGAGCUCCCAGGAGGGAGUGCUGUGCGUCGUGGCGAAGCAGGCACUGAAACAGCUUACACUGAGCGUGGAGGGACUGGGAAGCGAACUUGAUUGAUUACUUAUGCAUAUCGGUUAGCUUUAUUGGGAACAGUUCUAGGGACACAAACUGCGGAGGUGUUGGUGUUACAUUAAAAAUCUUGUUAGUGCUGCUCGAUGGUCGUAAAUGUCAAAAGAACAAUAAACUACAACUAAACAGUGAUUACAAUUAUUACAAA